GGAAGUGAAUCGGAAUAGGUUCGCUUUGUUGAUUGACAAUCGAUUGGAACUUUCACAUUUGUUUUUCGCUCUUUGCUGCUUUUACCGGGGCACUCGUGUGUUCUACAUUACUGCCACAGAUUGAUUUACAAAAAAACACGCUAUCUUGAAAACUACUAAUACAGACACAACGAAACACAUUGAAUACCACUGUGUAAUUGUCAGAAUGGACCCGAAGCACAGACGGAUUCUUCAGCGCCACCGAAUCAAUCUAGUAGAGACAUUAAAUCCAGCAGACAUCUGCGAUGGGCUUUUGUCAAAGGGGGUCAUCACCCAGGACAUGAUAGACGAAAUACAGAGCAAGGCAAUCCGGCGUGAUCAAGCCAGAAAACUGGUCACAGACCUGGAGACGAGAGGGAGUCGGGCUUUCCCAGCCUUCCUAGAAUGUCUGCGUGAGACUGGCCAUGAUGAUCUCGCAGAGCUCCUGCAGAGUGGAGAUGGAGCUCAUCGACCUCUCCCCAUCCCUGUGCAGCCUUCAGUACUGAUCCCUCUGCCAGUCCAGACACCCAAAUACCCUGAAAAACCAGACAGGCCUGAUCUCACUCCUCCACGGCUAGUACCUCUGAGACCAGAAACGUUGCCUGUUUCCAAGCCCAUUAGCCCACCUUCUGAAACGCAAAGGAUAAUACCACCCAGACAGAGACGUGACAGUAUACAGUCUUAUAAGAUGGAUGCCAGUCCAUGCGGGAUGUGCUUGAUUAUAAACAACGUCGAUUUUGACCCAGGCUCUGACCUAAAGGAUCGAAAGGGGUCCAACAUUGACUGUGACAAGAUGGAGAGAAGAUUCAAAGCUCUUAAAUUUGAGGUUGUUGUGAAAAGGAACUUGAAAUGCAAAUAUAUAAGACAUGAGAUGUCAUCUUUAGCAAAGAGGGAUCAUUCUGCAUAUGACUGCUGUGUGGUGAUCAUCCUUUCGCAUGGCACUGAGGCAAACCACAAUCGUUUCCCUGGAGCAGUUCAUGGUGUGGAUGGACCUGCUGUCCCCGUUCAGAUAAUCACAAACUACCUCAAUGGUCAGAACUGUCCUUCUCUACAGGGCAAGCCCAAGCUUUUCUUCAUCCAGGCCUGUGGAGGAGAUGAGAAGGACACAGGCUUUGAGGUUUCUCCAGAUGAGGUGCAGCCCUCUCUGGGUGGGACAGAUGACCAGACAGAUGCUAUUCCCCCGUCCUCCAGCAGUGAAUCUCUCAGCACGUCCGAUGAACCUGAUGCUCGUGCCACUUUGCCCACACCCAGCGACAUCCUAGUAUCUUACUCAACAUUUCCAGGCUAUGUCUCAUGGAGGGACACGCAGGCUGGCUCCUGGUAUGUGGAGAAUCUUGAUCUUGUGCUUGAGCAGAAUGCUGCCACUGAUGAUCUGGUGACCAUGCUGAUGAUGGUAAAUGAUGCAGUUUCCCAAAUAUCUGCCAAAGGCCUGUAUAAACAAAUGCCCGGGUCGUUCAACUUCCUCCGAAAACAUCUCUACUUUCAGACGUCGCAGUCAUGAUCACUCGGAGGUCUCGAAGAUCUUCAGGAUGCCUCUGUGUGCUGUAAUGGGAACACUGCCACAUGCUUCAUUCUGCAUCAAAAAAAAAACAAGUUGUCUUUUUUUUUUAUUUCAUGAACAGAACCAUGUAGUCAGAACCUGGACUGGAGUGUUUGUUUUAAUAGUCCUUUUUUAUGGUGUUUAGAAAUGCUAAGAAUCAGAAGUUAGAUUUCACAGAUAACUACAACUAAACUGUUCAUAGCUUGGAAAUAUUAUCAUUAAUAAUAAAAGUGACUUUCUCAUUUCUCUAACAAUCUGUCAUACGUGAUUGUAGGAGAGUGUUUUUGACACUUCAAGGAAGCACAAUAGACUCUUGUGGUUGUUGUAAAUACAAUUGUGGUGUUGGAAAAAUAAUCUUCUCAAGAAAUUACUGUGUGUGUGUGUGUGUGUGUGUGUGUGUGUGUGUGUGUAUAUAUAUAUCACACACACACAUACAGUGCUGGGUAGUAACAGAUUACAUUAAUUAAUGAGAUUACAAAAAUCAAGUACUUAUAAUUGGAUUAAAUUACAUUUGAAUGCACUCGUAAAAGGACUACAGUUGGUUUUUAUAGAUUAUAUAUUAACAAGGCAACAGCAAUACAUUUUUAAUAAUUUAUUGAUCAUUUUCAUAUCAAUAUCAUCAUAUUCUUGCCCCAAAGUGCAAUAGUCUCACAGAUGAUCAUUUUGAGCAUGUGCUCCUUAAAUGUUACAACAGUAAGAUGCACCUCAGCUAUGGAAUAGGCGAUGGACUAUCAGUAAGCAGUAAGGGUUUAAAAGGGUUUCCGUGUCUUUAAAUGAAAGCUUUGACCUAGUCAACAUCAUUGCUGUUGAUUUCAUGGUCAUUAAUUUUAUUUUAUGAUUGUUUUAUGUUGAUUUUAUGGUAAUUAAUGUUUUAUCCAUUUAAAUUGUUUACUAUCAAUAUCACUUUCACAUUCCUCUUCUUUUGUUUUUGGCAAUUCGCAUUCUUUGUGGCUAUCGCCACCUACUUGGCAGGGAGGAGAAUUUAUAGUAAAAAAAGACUUAAAUAUUGAUCUGUUUCUCUCCCACACUUAUUGUAUUAAUUUUGAAGACAUACAUUUAACUACUGGAGUGAUGUGGAUUAUUUUUAUGCUGCCUUUAUGUGCUUUUUGGAGCUUCACAAUUUUGGUCACCGUUCACUUGCAUUGUGAGGACCUACAGAGCUGAAUUAUUUUACUAAAAGUCUUUGGUUGUUCAGGAGAACAAACAAAGUCAUACACAUCUGGGAUAGAAUAAGGGUGAGUAAAUGAUGAGAGAAUUAAAAUUUGUGGGUGAACUAUUAAAGACCUUUAAAGAGCUCUUCUGUAAUGAGAUAAAUUGCAAUAGGUUUGUGUUAUUAAUUCUAUCGAUUUGGUAUACUGACAUUUUGUACUUUAAAUUUUAAAUACUUCUGUAGUAUUAUAGUACUAUUUCCUGUACCACUGCCACACCUUUAAAUGUGACAUGUGAUGCAGUCUGAUCCAUGUCUCCCUGUCUAUUUUUAUGUUUGAGAAAAUGUAAAAGGUCUUAAUAAAGUGUCAUUAAAGCUAUCA